CUUAGAACUAUAGCCAUACAUCAGUUAAAAUCAACUCUCUAGGAGAAGUUGAUGCAAAAGCUUUUCUUGGGCGACUGGAAAGAAGAAUCACCGAUGCUUUCGAAGCUAAGAAAAGUCAGAAGCUCCAUUCUCUCAAAGCUUACUGAAAAAAACAACAAAGAGAAAGAUCAUGGUCCAAUAAACAAUGGUACUUCUACGCCGUAUCCUAUCAUUGCAGAUUCCUCUUUUCUAGAUUCACAAAAUCCAAUUACUGCGAGACAAUUAGAAGCAUACUAUAAUUCAUUAAAGGUGCAGAAUGAAGUUUUGACAGACAAAUUAAACAGGAGCAGCGUCAUCAAAGGGCAAACUAGUGCUAAUAACGUGGACGAGAACACGGCCAAAAGAGCUGAGAAAGUCAGCAGCAGCUGGAAUAAUGCAGAGUCUACCAAUAUUGAACAAGGUAAUAGCGUGGCUGAUGCAAACUCAGACAUCCCAGUCGAAGAGAAUCCUGUUAUUGUCCUUGAUGAAAGUCCUGAACACGAUACGGACAUGGACGAUUAUUCUGAGUCUCUAGGACUACCACAGAUAAUAUCGCAACCAGAUCCUCUAGAAAGAGCAAACUUGGUUCAAUUGAAGAAAAUGAUGGAGUUGGAAAAGUACAGAAGGUACCGUUUGAGUUAUUUGCGGGAACAUACCCGUCAUGUUAAUCGUGCUGGCAUCAACAAAGUUUCAAAAAGUAUAAUGAGACAAAAGUACAGUAAAAUUGGUAAAAGCCUGAAUGCUCAUAAUGUUCCAAAAGAACGCCAGAACAAAAGUGGUAUGUUUGGAAUAAGCUUGUUAGACACAGUUGAUGAUACAGCUAUAGAAAGUGCAGAACAGAAAUCACAACCAGUGAAGCCAAUUGACGAUGAUAUUGGGAAAAAGUUAAAGUUCCCGGCGUCUGAGAAUCCUGCUGAUAAUUUCACGAUGCCCACCAAGGCAAAAAGCUUUAACGCUGAGGAACCAAAGCUUGGCAAUCAAACUAAGGCUAAUGAAAACAACACCGAAAAGACUUUAUCGUUUGGUUCUGUCUCUAACGAGAAGAAAAUCUUCGGUUCUAAUGACACUGCUGCGGUACCUGCAAUUAAGCAGGUAGACACAUCUAUUGACGAAAAGCCUUCAGCUGCCUUUAGUUUUAAUCCCCCAGCACCUACGAAAGCUGUAACGUCAGAACCAACAAACCCAAUCCCUGCUUCAAAAUCAACCGCUGGCUCGAAAAUACCAGUGUUCUCUUUUGGUAAUAUGAAAAGUCCAGUGGAGGCUAAAAAGGAAGCUAGCACACCUACUUUUAAUUUCGGCAAAACUGCAGAUUUGUCAGAGAACGGUUUUAAAAAAGCUAUUAUCGAAAAUGUUCCAGAUGAAGAUGGUUUAAACGAUGCUUCAAUGGAUCGUGUUGUCAAAAGAAAAGCUCCAUCAGCAUCUGAUUUAAGUGAUCAACCUAACAAAUCCAAAAAAGCAUUUUCAUUUGGCUCUCCUGCAUCAUCAUCUUUCACAAUUCCUAAGGCUCCACAAGUUUCUGAAAACCUCUCGUCUGCUACAAAUUCCCAACCUUCUAAGCCUCAGGAUGUAUCGCUUGAACCGAAAGUAGCGAGCGGCUUUCAGUUUGGAAAAUCUGCAUCGAAUCCUUCUCCGCUAGGCCCUUUAUUGAACUUUGGCAAUUCCAAGGUUGAUGAUACAAGUAAAUCCUCGUUUGGAAGCACGACAGCUACUGCGGGAAAACCUUCAUUUUCGUUUGGUACUGCUAACAGCAAAGCCACAGACAAUCAAAAGGAUGAAGGGUCAGAAACCAAACCAGCACCGAAGCCAGUGUUCAACUUCGGAAGUAGUGUAUCACCUAACUUUUCACUCGAUGGCGUUAACAAUGCUUCAGGACCUAAACUUGAUUUUGGUGGAUCUGGUGCCCAAAAAGCAGCAGAAAAGCCAAUGUCAUUAUUUGGUGGAUCUAAAAAUACCCAAGUUGACGAUAAAGUUAAACCUCUUUUUGGAGAUCUAAAAUCCACCAGUACCCCCGGUUUUACUGCAGGAAGUAAAGGAGGAGAUACUAAAAGCGGAUUUUCUUUUGGAACCCCGUCGACAAAUUCGGGGAUGGAUUCCAAGGAAAGCGGUGGUGGUGCUGUCAAGGUUGAUGAACAAAAACAGCCGACGUUGAGCUUUGGAAUGCCUCCAAUUUCAUUAACUGCAGAGAAAUCGUCCGGAGAUUCAGCUCAUACUAAACCAAAGUUCAGUUUUGGAGCGAACACUCCCGUUUCUUCAUUCGGUUCUGCUGCCUCCCUUGGAGGUAACGCUGAAAACAAGCAGCCAAAUGGAACCUCAAACAUCAACACCUCAGGGGACAACAAAUUUGAUUUUGGCAAAAACGCCACCAGUACUGAUUUAAUUAAUGUUUCCAAAAAUGGACAACCUCCUUCUGCUCCUGUUUCAUCUACUGGCUCAGGAUUCAAUUUCAACGCAGGCCCUAGUACUCCAAACACUACAGGGGGGUUUUCUGGGUUCAAUACCAGCAUUAAACCCGCUGCCAACCGGAAGAUUGAGGAAGUUAAAAGUACGUUUGGUGCUCCAGCUACCGGGUUUACUUUCGGCACGGGCGCUAGCUCGCCGAGCGUGUUUGGCAAUGCCAACUCCGACACUAAUAAGACGUUUGGGGCUCCUGGCAUACCUGAUACGGCAGGUAAGAGUGCUUUUGGCAAUACAGGAAGUACGGGAACAAACGGUUUCAGUUUUGGUGCUAGUGGUGGUGCUUCUGCGUUUGGUGCCUCGCAACCUUCAAAUAGCCCAACACCCGGUGCUGCAAACCAGCAGCCGGCUACGGGCAAAAUCUUCUCCAUCAACAACAAUGCGUUCCCAUCUCUCAACCAAACACCGAAGACUGCAAUGAGUGGCUUUGGAGGAGCAAGUGGUGCAGCUGGAGCAGGACAAACUCCUUCAUUCAACUUCUCUGCUGCCCCAGCAGCAUCUAACGCGGUCGGGUUUCCUUCCGUUUCUAGUGCUUUUGGUGGUGUGACAAAUAACGGGAAUAGCGGCCCCAACAACAUGAUGAACAUGGGGAACGUGUUUGGUGGUAACGCGGGCAACUCAGGUUUCCCCAACACCAAUAUGAACAACGGCGGAAACAGUUCUGCGGGCAACAGCAGGUCCGGUACCCCAAGUUUCAACUUCACUGGCCAGUCCGGUAACGUUGACCCGUCCUCCAUCUUCCAGUCGUCCCAGAACGGUACCCCUCCUCCAGGCCAAUCGACCAUCAUGACCAGGAAGCGUGCCUACCCUCGUGGGAUGCGUAAUAGACGACAAUGAACGGGUGUUUCAUCCGCAACCUACAGCGCUACGACCCCCGACCACCUCGGUCUAUUGUAUAAGUAAGUAAGUACUCUGCAUCAAGGAAUAGAAUGUCAAACGAUAGAGAUCGAAACGUAGCAGACCUGCUUAGGGUCGUCGAUGUUGC